AUGAAGUUUCAACGUCGUAUUCUUCCUCCACAUUCACCAACUUAUCUCGAAAUGGAAGAAUACACUACUCCAUCAUCAUCCCGUCAAUCAAUAUCAUUUACCGGAUCCACAAGUGAUUUAAGUGAAAUAGGAAGUGUUUACUCUUUAUCAAUUAUUCCUAAACAAAGAUCUGAUUCAUUAACAAAUUUAUUUAAUAUGUCUGAAGAUAGUACAUCAUUAUCAAAUUUAAGUAUUGCAUCCUAUUCUUUAUCUCAAAAUUCAUGUGAAAAUGGAUCCUUUACUAAUGCAACAACUUAUACAACAGUAUCACCAGUAACAAUAUCAUCCCAACAACAACAACAUUCAACAUCAAUCAAUAAUGGUUCGGACAAAAUUUCUCGUAAACAAUAUAGUUCAUCAUAUCGAAGUUUAACAGAAGAACCAGACUCCCCAGUGAAUACUCGUAGAUUGAAUCUGAAUAAUAAUAAUAACAAUAAUAAUAGUUCACGUCGUAGUGGGGAUUCCAUUCGUCAUUAUCAUUUUUGUUCAACAAAUAUGAGUGGUAAUUCAUCAACAACAAGUAGCCAAAAGAGUUUUCCAAUAAAAACAGCUGAAACUGUUUUAAAUACCAUAGGAAUUAAUACAUCAUCAUCAAAUGAUGAUUUAACUGAUAAAUGUGGUUUAAUAGCACAUGAUGCAAAUGAUAUUGAAAAUAAUGAUGAUGAUAAUAAUAAUCAAAAUCAACAACAUCAAUAUGAUGAUAUACAAAACUAUGGUGAUACUCAUUAUAUUGAUAGUUCAGAUGAAAAUGAACUUGAUAUGACAUCAUCAAGAAAUCCAUCAGGUACAAUACAAACUGGACGAGGUUUAAGAAAAACCGUUUUAAGUAAUGUUGAUCGUUUAUUAAAUUCUGGCAAUAAACAAAUAAAACUUUAA